AUGAGGAUUGAUGAGGAACCCUGGAAACAGCUCCAAGUUGACACGGAUGCAUUAGAAAUCUCCCAUCCUGGCCAGGUGAAGAUACUUCCCACCCAUGAAUGCAAAAGCAGCCGUGAUCACUCGACCCCUAGGAGUUGUGAUGCUAAUGAAGAAGACAGUGAUGAUGAAGACUUGAGAAAAUAUGUUCAGUUGAGAGCUUCAAAAUCACUGAUGAGAUCUGGAAGUCAUGGGAAAAUGCAAACUCUUUGGUGCGUCUGUACUGCCACAGAGGGCUACAAUGAAAAGAAAAUUUUGUACAAAGGAAAGACUUUGCGAGGAACUCUAAUGGGCACCGCAGACAAAAAGAAGAAACUAGUAAAUCAAUGCCACAGAAAAAGAUCUGCUUUCAAAGUUUAUGAACUUGCUUGGGUUGACAGCUUAAGUGCACUCUAUGGUGUUAUGAUGACCCUCUUAUACGACCUUGUGCAAGUACGCUAA